AUGGCAAGCCAGGCCAUCAUCCACGUGGGUACGCGGAGCUCAGCCCUGGCGCUGAAGCAAGCCGAGCUGGUCGUGGCAGCGCUGGAGAAGGCGAACCCGCACGUCAAAUUUGUUGUGGACGCCCGCGAAACGGCCGGCGAUCGUGACAAGGUGACGCCGCUGCCGAACCUGGGCAAGGGCCUAUGGACGACCGAGUUUGAGACCCGACUCGUCGACGGAGACCUCGACUUGGUGGUGCAUAGCGCCAAGGACAUGCCGACAACCCUUCCUGUCGGCUGCCUGCUGGGCGCCAUUCCCAAGCGCGAAGACCCACGCGACGCCGUCAUCUUCCCGCCCGGCAGCGCGUACAAGGUCCUGGCUGAUCUGCCGGUCGGCAGCAUCGUCGGCACCAGCAGCGUGCGUCGGUCUGCACAACUGCGCCGGCGCUUCCCGGGUCUCGAGUUUCGCGAUCUGCGCGGCAACAUCGACACGCGCCUUCGCAAGCUGGAUGCCCCCGUGCCCGGGCCCGACGGCACCACCGUCCGCUACGACUGCAUCAUACUAGCUGCUGCCGGUCUCAUCCGCAUGGGCUUCAACGACCGCAUCUCGCAGCUCCUCGACUCGGCAUCCUCUGGCACCCUGUAUGCUGUCGGCCAGGGCGCUAUGGCGGUCGAGAUCCGCAACGGCGACGCCAAGACACUGGCCCUGUUGGAGCCCAUUAUCGACAAGCCGACGAUGCUCGCCUGCCUGGCCGAGCGGGCAGUCAUGCGCGCCCUGGAGGGCGGCUGCAGCGUGCCCAUCGGCGUGGAGUCGGCCUGGGAAGCCGAGACGGCUGCGUCCCCGAGGCUCAAGCUCCAGGCCACGAUCGUCAGCCUCGACGGCAAGAUCGGCAUCGACGCCGAGCUGACUGCCAUGGUCACAACCCCGCAGGAGGCCGAUGCCCUCGGCCUGAAGGUGGCCGAGGACAUGAUCGGCAGCGGCGCACAAAAGAUCCUCGACGAUAUCAAUAAGACCCGCGGGCCAGUGCCGGCACUAGUUGUCACAGCAUAG